GCGAAAGCUGUCAGCAGACGUAAGAGCGGAGCUGUCAAUCCGAUAUCGAGCGUGAGAUCGGUGCAUCUAUAAAGCAUAACAGGAAAUCGUUCACAAUGGAACACGAGGAAAAACUCGUAUUUAUAAUCAUUUAAAAACGGAUAAGAUCGGAAUUUCGGUGGGGUGGACGAUAGAAUGGCUGCUUGGGAAUGUGAGGAUAGCACAUACAGUAGUACAAGUGAAGCAGAACUAGAUAGUGAUCAUGAAACAGAUAAUGAAUUGGAUGAUCCACAGAAAUUACUUGGGACGUGGCUUGGUGAAUUAGAAAAUUUGAAAUUAGGAUUAGACAACAUUGGGUCCAUGACGAAAGGAUGUGGCUCCGAAAAACUUGCUAUGCCGACUCCUCGGAUGGACAGCUAUCGUUUUUCCAUGGCAAAUUUAGAAGGUUAGUUAAAUUGAUAGUUAUUAAAAAAAUGUUAGAAUAUUGG